AUGGUCCUGACCAAACAGAAAACAUUACCAAACCGCGAUGACUUUCCGACCGUCCAGCUCUUCCUAUUAGCCAUCGUCCGUCUUGCGGAGCCCAUUGCCCUCACGUCCAUAUUUCCAUAUGCCUGGUCAUUGGUCAAGAGAUUCAAGAUCGGGAAGGAGCAAAAUGCCUCCUUCUAUGCCGGGCUCCUUAUCUCGGCCUUUGCCCUGGCCGAGGCAUCCAUGGGCAUGUAUUGGGGCGGUGUCUCCGAUCGUAUAGGUCGAAAGCCCGUGUUGCUGCUGGGCUGCGUCGGAACUAUGUUCAGCCUGAUACUGGUUGGCUUCUCCACGAAUUUCUGGGUUGCUCUGAUCGGUCGUGCUCUCGGCGGGCUUCUCAACGGCAACAUAGGUGUUAUCCAGACCAUGGUGGGUGAACUUUGCACGAAGAAGGAGCAUGAGCCCAGGGCAUAUGCCGUCAUGCCUUUCGUAUGGUCCAUCGGCACAAUUGUUGGCCCCAGCAUCGGUGGACUUUUUGCAGAACCUCACGAAUCCUGGCCCAAUGCAUUCCCCGAGGGGACAUUAUUUGCGAAUUUUCCUUACCUGAUGCCCAAUCUCAUAUGCGCAGCAUUACUGCUUGUUAGCAUUGGCUUUGGGUACUUCUUCCUACAGGAGACACAUCACGACAAGAUCCCCCAUGUAAUGCUCCCCGACGAUACUUAUGUCUCUACGGAGACCCCUCUUCUCGAGACAUCCGAUGCGUUGAAGCAUCCAGCUGUCGACAUUCGUUCUGAGACGUACGGAACCUUUAGGAACAGCACCGAACUCAGACGUGAGGUCCCUUGCGUCAAGCAGCCUGAGAAGGGUGGCCACGUUGCCAUAUUCACCAGGCGGAUCAUCGCCCUCAUCGUUGCCCUGGCCAUCUUCACGUACCACUCAAUGACGUAUGACCACCUGAUGCCAAUCUUCUUUGAGGACGCGAAAGUCCCGUUCAGUUCUUAUUCUGGUGGGCUUACUGCCGCAUUCAACCCGUUCUACACGCCAGGCGGACUUGGCUUGUCUAUGCGGUCUGUAGGGGCGAUUUUGGCUGUUGAUGGAGUUAUCGCACUCUUCGUUCAAGCCGUCAUCUUCCCAAUCGCGGCCGCGCAGAUAGGGGUUUACCGGCUGUUCAUCUUGGUGGCCGUUCUGCAUCCCAUUGCCUACCUCAUUAUGCCAUUCCUGCUCUACGUCCCGGACUCGCUACUGUACUUUGCCAUCUACACUUUCCUAGCAAUCCGGAAUGUCCUGUCCCUCAUCCACUAUCCUCUGCUCCUCAUUCUGAUCAAGGAUGCGACCCCAUGCUCGACGGUCUUGGGGAAGGUGAAUGGGCUUGCAGCAAGCGCAGGAGCUGCCUGCAGGAUGGUCGCGCCUCCAGUUGCGGGCUACUUAUACACGAUAGGGAGCCAGCACGCGUUCAACGCCCUUGCCUGGUAUGGCAGCGCCGUCGUGGCAGCGAUUGGCGCGGUACAGUGUUUCGCAGUCAAGCCGAUCAAGAACAACGAUGUCUCAGAGGAGGCGGGAAUCGACACGAGAAAGUCGAUUGAUACUGUGACAAUCGUCGUUGAGGAAGUCUCUGACGAGGAAACGCAGCUCAGGCAACCCCAGGGCGAAAGGGAUCAGAAUGCGAUGGGGCCUUAUGAUAGGACGUCGCAAAAGCCGCUCGUCAGUGUGGUUUGA